GGUAUGGAAUAGACUAAAAUGACCUUCCGUUUUUUUUGGAAGAUCUAAACAACGGCGCAGCAGUCAUUCGGAUCCCUAAAAUCACGGCAUUUCCUUCGAAGGUCUCUUCUUGUAGAAGACGGGGAGAAUUGAGAAACAGAGUCAAAAAAGCAGGAGAGGUUGCGGCGACGAAGACAGUGAGAAGUGAUAGUGAGUCGACGAUUGUGAUGUCGGCGAGGAAGACGGCGAUGACGACUGGAGGCGCUUUUGACGACAACGACGAGAUUGUUGGCGAAGAGGGCAGUGAAAUUACUGUGAAAUGCGUUUCUGGGAAGGAAUACCUAAGGUUGUGCAGAGAAGACAUCUUGGCUUCCAAGACAAAUGUCAAAGCUAAUUGUUAUUGUAAUGUGUUGAGUGGGGUCGAGAAGCUACGGCGAACAUUGUCAGAAUCCGAGUUCGAGGAUUUGGUCAAGACGCCCUUCGGUCAUUUGGUUGAUGUUGGCAAUCUUAAAUGGGUUAAUGGACAGCUCCUAAUACUUUUAGCGUUGAACUACGUUGAACCUAUGGAGCCAGAUAGCAAUGCAAUAUCUUUCCACAUCCGUGAUAGGGUGGUCAGUUUUAAGAAGACUGAUUUUGCUCUAAUUACGGGGUUCAAAUUUGGAUGUCCAACUGAACAAGAAAAGGAAUACACUGGCACUUCAGACAUCAGUAAGAGAUAUUUUGGGGGUAGAAGUGUUGUGACUCGUGAUGAAGUGCGGUUGGUCUUAGAGGGUCUACGGGACAACAAGAGAAAAAGAGAGAUGGAUGGCGUGAAGAUAGGAUUUCUUUACCUUCUGGGCAGCCACAUAGUUGGAAACCAACCCUCCAUGAAAUUGCCACCACUUUAUUUGCAUUUGGUAGAUGACUUGUCCCGUUUGAACGCUUAUCCCUGGGGUGAUGAGAUCUGGGACCUUUUGGUUGAGGACAUGGCAAAAUGUUCUUUGACUUUGAGAACUAGUAAAAAGGACCGAUUCACAUUCCCGGGAUUUUUAAUGGCCUUGCAGAUUUGGGCAUUUGAGACAUUCCCAGGGCUGGUGAAAAGGGAAGUGUGUGAGAUGAUAGAGAGUCGGAGACACCAAUGGCCGCGUGCUUUACGAUGGGCAGCACCAACACUGACAAAUCACAUAGUGUUGGAGGAAGUGAUCUUCAGUAAUGAUAAUUUUGAAUGGAUUGGCAUGAAGGCAACUGCCUUGGAGAUUGGGAAAGAGAAUGAGCAAAUGCCAGGAGUCUUGGAGGCCCGUCCAGUAAUGAGCAUUGUGGACAAGAAGAGGGGGGGGGUCCUAGCGGAAGGAAAUAUUACAUUUCAUUGGGGAGUUGCUAGUGAUAAUGGAGGCGAAGCCCGAAGUACUAAGCAUGUUGGUAAGAAGCGUAAACCCAACGUAAGGAACCCAAGUCAAGCCAAGAAAGGGAAAAAGAGGAAAAGUGGCAAUAAAGGUGAUGACAAGGCAAGUUCAGGGGUUAAUGAACAGUUGUUAGAAAAGGUCACAAAAUUGGAGGAGAUGGUUGCGGGUCUGGUGGCAGCAAAUGUGUUGGACCGCAAAUUGCUUGUGAGCUUGCGCGGGAAAGUGAAGGGAAUGCAAAGAGCACAUGAGAGACAUGCAGUUCUGGUGGCGAAAUGCCUGAAGAAGUUUGGUUUAUUACGUAGGAGGAAUAAAGGAAGUAAAAAGAGCAGACAACAUGCUGAAGAUGGUCCUAGCUUUGACCUAGGCAUUGAUCAUGGGGGUAAUGAGGAUUCAAUGGCAGAUCAAGAAGAAGGUAGUGAGGACAAUGUAAAUUUAGGUGGAUCUGAUUAUGAGAUAGAAAACCCUACCCAACUUAAUGACUUGGACGACACGAUUAAUUCUGUUGAUACACAAAUUCUUUUGGAACGUCGUGCUGUCAUGGUACGCAAUAUUGUGCGUGAAAAUCAGGGGGGUGUUGGAGAUUUUAAUGCAGAAGAGACUGUGGAGAAUGAUGUGGAGAAGCACAGUAGUGAAGACAUGGGGCCUGGGGGAUCCGAUAUGCCUAUCGCUGACCUUGGUGAAGAGAAGGGGGUUGAUGAUAAUCGCGGCAGUGUUGAAGGUAAUGGCAUGGGGUUGAAUUUGGAAUGUUACGGAGUCACAUCCACGCAGCUGAGGGAGUUAUGUGAUGGGGUGGAUUUUGAUGAUUGUCCAAUGGGUGAACUAGAAGUUGCAAAAGCAGAUAUGGCGGUCAAUGAAAGCCACAUAGAAAACACAAACGAAGAAGAGAUCCAUUGCACGCAACUUGUGGAACACAACCCCGGGGGGCAUGGUGAUGCAUAUGCUCGGCCAAAACGGAAAUUGAAAUCUCCUGAGAGGUUCACCUUUUCAGAUAAAAAGGCUGGUGAACAACGCAAACGAGCAAAAAGAAGGGCUGGUGUUAUUGGAAAUAGGCCAGUAUGUGAUGAACUGUGCCUCGGUCCUUUCACCGUUGAGCCAAUGGACCCUCCUGAGGUAGGGGUGUUAGAGAGGGUUCACAGCUUCAUGAAUAAGGGUCUGCUGAAAAAGCCAAAGAACCUGGGACGGAGAUACACUGCUACAGAUGAAAAGCUCAGUGCAGAUGCUAUAAUGGCGCUUGAUAGUGAGGAGGACAGUUUGAGCAAAACAUGGUAUUACAACCUCUAUUUCCCCGAUGGAUGCCUAUCAAACCUGCAUAUGAGUGUGGCAUUUUAUUUUCUGCGAAAGAAAGCCGUCGAUUGUGAUCUGGAGCAAAAGUUUGCAACUACAAGCCCAACAUUUGUUGAGUUAGUGUGUGUGUUAUAUGAGCGUGUUUUGAAAAGAGAGAUUACAGAUACUGAUGCAGCGCAGAAUACGGACAUAUUGAACACCAUUAAGGGAAAUAACAUGGAGUAUGGGCGUGCAUGGUCCGAAGCGGAUUUUGUGUACAUCCCACUGCACACGGGCUCUGAAUGGGUACUGCUUGUAGUAGACAUACGUGGAAAACUCAUCCGGGUUUACGACACGAAUGUUUACAAAGGGGGUUUCUUGAAGAAAUUGCACCCCUUUUUGCCGUCUUUGCAGGUCUUUCUGCCAGUUUUAAUGGAUAAGUUGGGGGUAUAUAAGGACAUUACGGAUAGUGAAGAAUCUCACGCUGCUUUUCAAGUUGAACCUAUACUGAAUUGUCCGCAGAAAAGGGACGGACCAAGCUCCGGAAUUUUUGUGAUAAAGAUGGCAGAGCUUCUGAUGAUGGGGAGAGAGGUGAUUGAAAUUGAGCCAGGACAAGUAAACACAUUUCGAAAGAAAAUUACUGCGGACCUAUUAAUGUAUGCUACCUGUCAAGGACUCUAAAUGCCGGGCAUAGCAGUGUUAUUUAAGUGAAUGGAUGGUUGCAACCGUCAUGGAGACUUAGAUCUUUUGAUACCCUCUAUAAACAGAAUGUUUUUUUUCUUUUCCAUGUCCAUGUUUUAAAUUUGAAAGACUUGUAGUUUUUUCAGGUCGUAUUGAAAAUGUUAACCCAUUGAGUUUAGGAUAUCGAAUGUUCAUUUUGUUAGUAGAAGCGUGGUUAUUUUAGAAGAAGCAUAGUGAAUAUUAGAAUGAUGGAACAAUUACAAGCUGACUUAUACUUGUGCAGUGGAUUGGAAUGAGGU